UGACUCUGAGGCUGCAUGAGGACCGAGGUAUCGUGUUGACAGCUCAGCGAUGACAUGAGAAAGUAGACCAGGACUCGGGAGAAUGGCAUGGCUGCAGGCGCCAUUGUCUGGCUCGGAUGAGGGGUUCACAUCCCCGGGUUGGGCGGCGGAAAGACGGUACUGUGCUCCGUUGAUGCAAGGGGCACGGCGAUAGCUUGUUAGUGGUUCUUAGGUCUUUGCAAGGGUUCUUGUUGUGCUUGCUUACAAUGGCGGGGAUGGUGGCAUCGCAGGCCGGCAUGGGCGUCACAAAGCUGGUGACGCUCGUUGUUGGGGCAGGUCUCGGAGGCGCAUAUGUGCUGGGUAACAAGAGUGUUGGGUCCUUGUUCUCAGAUCUAUCAAAGGUUCUUACCCGCCACCUUGCUCCAAGUUCAGACAGUGAGCUGGGAGAUGGGGACGGGGCUGGUCGAGGGAUUGACGCAGCAACUGCAGCACUGACAGCGCAAGUUCGCCGCUUGUCUCAAGAGAUGAGGCAGCUAGCCGCAGCUACGGGGAGCCGAGUGACAGUGGUCAGCACCCGGGAGCAAAAAGGAACUUUGGUAUCAUUAGCUGUUCCUAUUGCGGUCGCAGGGGCAGGGGUAUACGUCUACAUGUACUUCAAGGGCGUCACCUUGGCAGAUUUUAUGUACGUCACCAAGAAGAGCCUCGACGGUGCCGUUGUCAACAUGCAGAAAAGAUUGGAUCAAUUUACAGCUUCUCUGGUGGCCCACAAACGAGAUAUGGCAGGGCGCCUGGACAAAGUGAAUCGUAUUCAGGAGGAGGGUGCGGUCAUCCAGGGGCAGAUCAAAGAUCAAGUUGAUGAGAUGAGUGGAAAAGUGCUCCGUGUGGGUCAGGACAUUGAGGCGGUUCAGCGGAUAGUUCGGGGACUGGAGUACAAGCUGGAGGAGGUAACUGACAAGCAGGACUUCAGCAACCGAGGCAUUAUGUACCUGUGCUCCUUUGUCACGGAGGGCAUCGAGGGCCGGCAACCUAGGCAAGAAACGAUCCAGGGCCUGCGUGCUCUUCGGCUCGACCGAAGUGCUUCCAUGCCCAUGGGCAAUGGCCAAUCGUUGUCUCUCAAGGGUCUACAGCUUCUGUCAAAUGGAGUUGGCAACGUUGCAGCCAGCAAUGCUGCCAGUGGUGCCAGCACAACCACAAGCUCACCAGCAGACUCACCACACACAACGUUACAAGGGAAUGGAAGAUCAGGAUACGGUUAAGUGAGCAUUUUUUGGGCCCCUACUUGUCAUACUAAUAUCUGUACAAAGUCAAUAUAGUGGAUCUUGAAGCUUCGGGUCGAACUCGGUGAGGAUUUUAAAUGUCUUUUGGUCAUCCGUCUGGUAAACCAAACGGUGAUGUUCAUAAGAUGUGUGUAUUUGCAGCAUCAAUCGAGGAGCGUGUUCGAAGAUGUUUCAAUAGUCACUAUUGCAUAUGUGCUUUGCUGAGGAACACGUUGUAUAUGGUUGCGUGCUUCUAGACAGGUUGUGCCGCCUAACCGGGCAAUACGAUGC